UAUUCUUGUACCCUACUAUUGGCAAAGCCCAAGGGAGCCGGAGGAGCGCGUCGAUCCUCAAUGCAGCUUAGAUUCCAAAUCUAGGGCUGCCGUGAUCGUCUGGCAAGGGCAGAGGUGAGUGCGCUGCUGGUUUGCGGCCUACUGUUGGCGAGGCGGAAGGAGCAUGCAAUUGUAGCAAGUUUGUUGUGAAUCCAUUGACGGACAGCUGAUGUGCGCAUUCUAGGCUCCAGCCGUUGGAUAAGUGCAGUAACGACUCCUCAAUCUCUUUUGUGCUUUCAGCAACGACUCACAAUGUUAACACUGACCAGAGUCCACCAUGGAGAGGAAGAGAGCUGCUGGUCCGAAGAAACUACACACUCAGAAGCGAUCCGACGUCAUGCUCGAAAGGACCCGCCCACUGGAUCCGAUUAACCGAGCUCGAUCAGCAGGAGCAGGAGAAACUGAUCAUGAUGCAUCCGCGUUGCAGGCUGCUCCUGACGCUGAAUAUGUUCGGCAAUUCCUCGCAAUGGCGCAACGCUUGGAGAGAUUCAAGAUGCUCUCGGCGAAUGUUGUGACCGGGAUCGUGGAAUCGAUCCAAAAGGGAGGGGAGACUCCAGUUGCAGCAGCAGGCCGCUUCUGCAGCAGCUACGAAGUGCUCGCUUGUGUUGGCCAGGGGGCGUCCGGGAAAGUAUACAAGUGCCGUAGCAAGGAGGACGAACAAAUCUACGCCAUCAAAGUCAUCAAGGUUCGCACAGCAACGAAGUCCAGAGACCAGGAUGUCGCGCUCGUCUUCAAGGAGGGAGAGAUGCUCCAGCGCUGCGAACACCCCAACAUAGUCGAAUACUUCGACAUGUGGAAGGAGGAAGGCGAGCCGGGCAAGUCGAAAGUGUACAUUGUCAUGGAGUUUUGUGGCCGCUCGCUCCAGUCGGUGCUCCUCGGCGGUGAGUCACCACCUGCAGAUGCGUUUAGGCAGCUUCUUCAAGCUGUGGCGCAUGUGCACGACAACGUGGGUGUUCAUCGGGAUAUAGCACCACACAACAUCUUCGUCACAGACGAUGGACGCAUCAAGCUGGGAGAUUUCGGUCUUGCUAAAAAUAAGGAGUCCAUGCUCGAGACCGAAAAUAUCAAGAAGGGGAGAGCAGUUUACUACUCUCCCCAGCGCCGGAGCAACUCAACCUACACUGACAUGCUUGCGCUUGGAGUUAUACUCUUCGAACUUCAUUGGAGGUGUCCCCCGGACCAGGAAAGGGAGUCGGUAUUGAUUGACGUCCGGGAUGGCGUUUUACCAGCAGACUGGGCGUACCAACACCCAUCAAUUGCGCCCAAGGUGUUGGAGCUGGUCGCAGCAAGACGCGACCAGCGUCCAUCCGCGCGCGACAUCCUCUGCGAUCCUGCCUGGCAAUCUGUUUGCUGAUCGUUGUAGUUGUUUAGAUUUACUUGCUCCUUUUUGUCAUCUUUGUAGUCUUGGUCUUUUUCAGCAUGCUGAUUUCGAUUCAGAAAUAUGAAUUCGUUGCCAGUUCA